GACGCUGCCAGGGCAGCAGAGCAAGAGAAGAUGCUGAGCGUGAGCAAACCAAGCUGCAAGAGUCGCAGAAACAAGCAACAGCGACAGUAGCCAAAGCACCGGAAUCAACAGAUAGUCACCUCCCCGGAUGCAAAGCCGGCCGGGAUCAGCAGCUCCUCCCAGCCCUGCAGGACCCCGGGGCCGUGCAUUGGAACCCCCAGGGCGUGGCGAGGUCUGACCGGAGCCCCCGGGAAGCAGGUGGAGCAGGAACGCCCGGGCUCCCCUGCCCCUGGUGCCAUGCAGCAUGGUCCUGCGGGAGUCUCCGUUCCCGAACCGGCUCCUGAGCGGCCUGUACAGCCUGGGCCAGUACCUGCUGUUCCCCAGCUACUGGGCCGCUGACUGCCUCCUCGACCUCACGGAGACCACAGCGGAGCGGCAGCAGCGUCGGUGCUGCCGCUGCUGCCCGCUGCAGGCACUGGUCACCGGCCCCUUGCUGCUGCUGCUCCUCAUCCUCUCCAUGCCCAGCGCCCUCCUGGGCCUGCUGCUGUGGCUCCCCAUGCAGGCUGCCCGCAGGCCCUUCGCCUACAAACACAACGUGCUCUCGCGCCACCCAGAGGUGUGGGAGCUGCCGGGCACAGGCAAGGUCUUCAGCUUCGUCAGCGCCAACGUGUGCCUCCUGCCCAACGGCCUGGCCAAGAACAGCAACCUGGGACAGAUGAAGCAGCGGGCGGCCCGCAUCGGCCAGCGCCUCACGCAUGGGGAGGCCAGCACCAGCUUCGCCAGCCCCAGGAGCAGCCAGUUCGACAGGGAGAGAGGGGCUGGGCCUGGGGAGAUCUCGGUGCCCUUCCCGCCGGACGUGGACUUUGUGUGCCUGCAGGAGGUGUUUGACCAGCGGGCGGGCGCCCACCUGUGCCAGCUGCUGAGCCCCUUCUACGAGCACAUCGUGUACGACGUGGGCGCCUACGGGCUGCAGGGCUGUUGUACUCUCAAGGUGCUCAGCAGCGGGCUCUUCCUGGCCAGCCGCUACCCCGUGCUGGCCGCCCAGUACCGCUGCUACCCCAAUGGUAUCCGUGAGGACGCGCUGUCUGCCAAGGGGCUGCUGUCCGUGCAGGUGCAGCUGGGGGCAGCACACGGGCAGCGGAUUGUGGGCUACCUGAACUGCACACACCUGCAUGCUCCAGCCGGUCACAGUAUGUGUUAUGGAGCUCAUGCACAGAUCCGCUGCGACCAACUCACCAUGGGGCUGUCCUGGGUACAGCUGUUCCAGGACACCCAUGCGCAACGUGGGGAUGUCGUCGCCUUCGACGUGUUCUGCGGGGACUUCAACUUCGACAACUGCUCCUCAGGGGAUGAAUUGGAGCAGACUCAUGAGAUCUUCCGCCAGUACCAAGACCCAUGCCGAGUGGGGCCCAGGCAGGACCGGCCCUGGGCCAUAGGCACCCUGCUGAACUACCUGCAUAUCCACGAGGAGGCCGUGUCGACCCCAGAGAAGCUGAAAAGGACCCUGGAGCAAGAGGAGGGCAGACGGACGUACCUGGCAGGUCCCAUCCUGCAGGACGGCCGCCCCGACCCCUCGGCAGCAGGAAGCCCCUGGGAAGGGCGCCGCAUCGACUACAUCCUGUACCGCGAGCACCCCACCACCAUCAGCCUGACAACGGAGGUGGAGAAGUUUUCCUUCAUCACCCAGCUGGCCGGCUGCUCGGACCACGUGGCUGUGGGGCUGCGGCUGCUCCUGAACCCUGUGCCGCAGUGACAGCAGCGAGUGUGAACCCCGGUGUAACGAUGCGGCCUCUGGUCGGACACAACUGAGAAUAUCAGUUCCGGACAAAUUACUUAGAGUAGGGCAGUUACAGCCCAAAGCUGGGGUGGGGGUCAUUUAUAAAGUAAGGCAAACCAAACCAGCCAGAGAGGACUUCGGUUUACGCCACUAGCUAAUCAUAAGUUACACAAGCAAUUCCCUUAGACACUCCAGUUCCCCAUUAUCACCACCAGCAGCCACUUCUUAUGGGGAUGACUAGUUAUGAAAACCAACAUCCCAGCAAAAGAAAAAAGAGUCUCCUGAUCCCAAAGGACCAAGCCCCAGACCCAGGUCAAAAUACAAGUCAGAUCUUACCCCCAAAUCACGCUGUUGCCAAUCCUUUAGAAUCUAAAAUCUAAAGGUUUAUUCAUAAAAAGAAAGAAAUAUAGAUGAGAGUUAAAGGUGGUUGAAUGGAAUCAAUUACAUACAGUAAUGGCAAAGUUUUUGGUUCAGGCUUGUAGCAGUGAUGGAAUAAACUGCAGGUUCAAAUCAAGUCUCUGGAACAUCCCCCGCUGGGAUGGCUCAUUCAGCCCUUUGUUUAGAGCUUCAGUUUGUAGCAAAGUUCCUCCAGAGGUAAGAAGCAGGAUUGAAGACAAAAUGGAGGGGUUUCCAAGGCCUUUUAUAUCCUCUGCCAUGUGGAAGGACACUCCUUUGUUCUUCCUGUGGAAAAUCACAGCAAUCAGGUGGAGUUUGGAGGCACAUGGGCAAGUCACGUGGCCAUGCAUGACUCAGUUCUUUACAGGGAGAG